UAUUAAAUUAUAAUUACACAAAUAUUAAAUAAUAAUUAUGUAUUUAAAUUGACUUAUAAUUGUUUUUAAAAGAAAAUAUUGUUGAGCUUCUUUGACUUUAAGUUUUUAAAUUAUUGGGCUGUUUUGUUUUGUUGGACAGAAGCAAAUGUGUUGGGCUUUUAAUUUCUGAAAACCAUUAAAAGUAAUUGAAAAAAGAAAUGAAAUGUUUUGUAAUUAAUAAGAAAAUUCAGGGGCAGAUUUAUAAGAAGGAUUCUACUUUAAUAGUAUAGAUGGUGCAACGAAUUUAAAAUACUACUUUUACCAAAAAAAAAAGAAAAAUUUUAAAUUCUAUUUGUAUAUUUAGGUGUACACGUGACCUAAUAUUGGUGCAGCCCGACCAAAACUCGGAAGCAAGUUGGUCAAAGUUUCUUCUUCUUCUUCUUCUCUUUUUUUGCUAAAAGGUUGGUGAAAGUUAAGCCAUCAAAUUAUUCCAUUUUUUCUUCUUUGCUAACACUAUUUGUUUUGUUGAUUGUAACUCUUAUGUGUAUCGUCCCUUCCCUUGUAUUAUUUGAAAACAUUACAGCAUUUAAGCUAUGACAAAUGUCAUCGUCAUUAUGAAUUUUAGAUCAUUAGAAAGUAGGUUAUUCCAUGAUUUGUAUAAUCAUUAAAACAAAAGGUUAGUCUAAACAUAUACCAUACAUUUUCACUAAACUAAUCAUUAAUGUAUAAUUUUUUUUAUCUUUUUAUAAAUAAAAUUUACGAAUCACCUAAUAUGAUUAAAGUAUAUAUGAAACUUUUUGCUAGUACUUGUGAACCAGGUGACUAUGAUGAACUGAGACGGCUCUUCUCCUUGCUUAGAAAGCACUCACUUCGGUCGUUGAUGAUCCAAUUUCAUCCAUUACUAACAAUUAAUGAUUUUGAAUAAUAAAAAUUUAAUAUCACUUUGUGUAUCUUCUAUCAUUUAAUUUAAUUUAAUUUAAUCACAUUAACCAUAUAAUAAAAAUUAGUUUUUUUCGUACUGCAUAUGAUAUAUUUUCACAUAUAAAAUUUUUGUGAUCAAUGGUUUAAAAAAAAUUAUAACAAGAUACAAAAGAUCAUAAAACCACAUGAGUAGGAAGUCUCGUUUAAUUAAUAUUUAGAUAUAUGUAUAUAUAUAUAUAUAUAUAUAUAUCGCUUAAAUUAACCUAUAUACCAUAUAAAAUACAUAAAUAAUUAAUUUUAAAAUUUUCAUUGAACAAGUAUUGAGAAUUUAAAAUUUUAAUUUCAAAAUUUGUAUUGAAUUUAAUAAAUGAUUAUAAAUUAUUAAAACUGUUAAAAGUCUCAUAUCAAAAAAUUGUUAUCAAUGAUUUAAAAUUUUUGUUAUAAGAAGAUACGAAUUAUCAUAAAAUCGUAUGAGUAGGAAUGUUCAUUUCAAUAGUCAUAUUAGAAAUUUACUAUAUAUAUGUGUUAAUAAAUUUAAUUAUAAAUCAUAUAAAAUAUAUAAAAGUGAUUAUUUGGAUUUGUUACCAUUAAAUGAUUGAAAAUAAAUAACAAUGGUUGUUUUGAUUUAUAUGCAUGUGCUAAUUUAAUUACAUAUAUAACACUUGCAGAUCUUUUAAUUAUUCAAUAUAUAUUUCUUAUUUUAUCAUUUCAUAAUAUGUAAAAUAAUACGUAAAACGCAAGUAAAUAAUAGUACGUAAAAAUAUUUGUAUAUACGAUACUCAUGCCUUGCGAGUCACAGAUCUUAAACUAAGUUACAACUUAAAAAAAAAACACAAAACACAUGAGGUCCGGUAUCUACAUUAUUAAUACUGAAGUACAUUUGAAAAAUAACUUUUGAUUCAUCUUAAAUAUUACAAGUUUUGCCCUUAGCUUUUCUUUUUAAAAGAAAAAAUCAAUAAGGAAAUACUACAUAGAAAAAUUAAAUGUAUUUUGCACAUUUAUAACUAAUUUAUUAGUCUAUUUCUAACAUAUAAGCACCAUAUUUUUAUAAUGACAAUAGAGUAUCCCGAAUAUAAUGCUCGUGCCAUCAAUUUAAAUGCUAAGCAUAGUUUUAUAUUUUGUAAUAAAACCAACCAGAUAAUAUAUGGUAUAUUUUAUUGAAAUUGGUUUCUAGAAUAUUUUAAUUCACCCACAACCCAUGCAACUCCUAUAUAAAAUUCAUCAUGCCAGAACUAUUACUCCAACUAUUAUACAAAAUCAAUGUGUGAUAUAUUUCAUUUUCAGAUAUUUUUUGUGGUGAUGAUAUAUUCCAAAGUUAAAAAAUUAAUUUAAAAAGAAAUAAAGAUGAAUUGGGUUAUUAUAAAUAUUUUACAGUUAUAUUUUUACAGGUUAUUCCAUUAACUAUAAAAAUAGUAAUCAAAAGUAUUGAAAGUAUGUGGAAUACAAAUUUUUUUUUUUUAUGUUUUGAUAAAUCUGAUUUUAAUCAAAUAAAAAUAUACUAUUAAAUGUAUAUUAAUAAAACCUUUCAAUAACUUUUAUAUUAAAUUUAAAUGUAUAUUUCGUUUUAUAAUUUCAUAAAACUAAUUUCAAAAUUAUUAUAAUUUAUAUUAAUUUAAUUUCGGAUUAUUUUGUCAAAUUUUAAUUUCGGAUUAGUAUUAAAUAAAGAGUGGUGACGUUAAAUUUUAAAAUAUAAAUAGGUAUUGAUUUACUUGAUAAACUAUAAAAUUAAGUAAAUUUCUAUCAUCUUAUUAAGCGAUGGAUCAGGGUAUUACAAAUAUUUUUACAUUUAUAUUUUAUGGAUUAUUCCAUCAAACAUACAAUAUACUCAUGAAAAGUAAUGAAAGUAUUUAGAGCAUUGAAAAUAUCUUUAUAUUUUAAUAAAUCUGAUUUCAAAUCAUAUUAACUAAUAUCCAUAAAAUUUAUGAAAAAUAAACAUAGUUAUAGUUCUUAGUAUAAAAUUGAAUAAACCAAAAACAAGAAGUAUAUAAACUAAAACGAAUCGAAGUAGAUAUGGUUUUAAUAUGGUAACUGAUUCAUAUAAAGCAAAAAAAAACUGAAAAUGAACCAAACUUGUAAUUGAAUGCUCCCAUCUCAAAUGAUGAAAAUAUUUCAUAUCAUAAAAUAAAACUAUAGCGUUUAUUUAAGAAUUUAAGAUAGAAAAACUAAAAUUCUGUAAUCCAAACAUUUAUCCUAUUAAAGGAAAGUAAAUCAGAUAUAAAAAUGAAAAAGUUAUGUAUAAAACUUAAAAUAUAUAAAUUAUAUCUAAAAUUAUAAUUUUUAUUAAAUAUUUUUUGACAACAAAAAUAAUUCCAGGCUUUCAAAGUGCAUAUCAAAAUUUAGUCUAAUAUUAUUCCAAUGCACAUUGACUUCAGGAUUAUUAUGAAUCAUUAAUGUGUAAUCCAGGUAUAUAUAUUUAUUGAUCCACCACAAAUAAAUUAAUGCGUUCAACAAAACAAAAUAAAAGUGGUUGCGAAACUGAUAAACUGCCGUGUGAUAUUGCAUUAGAGACAAGUUAAUUCAAACCUUAUAAAAACUAACUAUAUGAUCAAAUACUUUUCAUAACCAAACAAACCGAAACCCAAAGAAACAAUUGAGUGGUGAUGGAGUCAUCAACGACAACAUCGUAUUCAGUCGUGUCGGAGCUCGAAGGAACUCUACUGAAAACCCCAAAACCUUUCGCUUACUUCAUGCUCAUGGCUUUCGAGGCAUCAGGAUUAAUUCGUUACACACUUCUGCUGUUUCUAUGGCCUAUCAUAGCACUCCUUGACGUUUUGGGCUACAGAAACGGUAGCCUUAAGCUGAUGAUCUUCGUUGCAACGGCUGGUUUGCGCGAAUCGGAGAUAGAAUCAGUGGCUCGAGCCGUGCUUCCUAAAUUCUACAUGGAUGAUAUAAGCAUGGAUGCUUGGAGAGUGUUUGGUUCGUGCGAGAAGAGAGUCGUUGUCACAAGAAUGCCACGAGUUAUGGUGGAGAGAUUCGCUAAAGACCAUCUUAGAGCCGAUGAGGUCAUCGGUACAGAGAUAAUCAUCAACCGUUUCGGUUAUGCCACCGGUUUUAUUCAGGAAUCUGAUGUCGAUAGAUCCAUUUUCAACAGUGUGGCUAACUUGUUUGAAGAUCGAAGACCUCAACUAGGUCUUGGACGACCGAUUAUCUCGGGCUCUCAAACUUUCCUAUCGUUAUGUGAGGAGCAAGUUCGCGCACCCGUUCCAUCGAACUACAACGUCCAGCGUUUGCAUGUGCAGCUGUUACCAGUUAUAUUCCACGAUGGACGUUUAGUGAAGCUGCCGACACCAGCCACCGCACUCCUCAUCCUUCUCUGGAUCCCUUUCGGAAUAGUCCUAGCCGUGGUUCGUCUCUUCAUCGGGUCCAUGCUCCCGUUAUGGGCCAUACCUUAUGUCUCACGCAUAUUCAACAUUCGGUUCAUCGUAAAAGGAAAGCCUCCAGCACCAGCAUCCGCUGGAAACCAAGGCGUACUAUUCGUAUGUACUCAUAGAACCGUAAUGGACCCGGUCAUAUUAUCCUAUGUGCUCGGCCGUAGCAUCCCAGCUGUUACCUACUCCGUUUCUCGCUUAUCCGAGAUUCUAUCUCCGAUUCCAACGUUUCGUUUAACUCGAGUUCGAGACGUAGACGCCGAGAUUAUCAAGAAAGAGUUAUCUAACGGGGACUUAGUGGUAUAUCCCGAGGGAACCACUUGUCGCGAGCCGUUUCUGCUUAGAUUUAGCGCGCUCUUCGCGGAGUUAACUGAUAAGAUCGUUCCCGUGGCGAUGAACUAUAGAGUUGGUUUCUUUCAUGCGACUACCGCCAGAGGCUGGAAGGCUUUUGACCCCAUCUUCUUUUUCAUGAACCCUAGACCGGUUUACGAGGUGACGUUCUUGAACCAGCUCGAAGUGGAGGCAACGUGUUCAUCAGGGAAGAGUCCGUAUGACGUGGCUAAUUAUGUGCAGAGAAUCUUGGCGGCUACGUUAGGGUUUGAGUGUACUAACUUCACGAGGAAGGAUAAAUAUAGAGUUCUCGCUGGGAACGAUGGGACGGUGUCGUACUCGUCGUUUCUCGACCAAUUCAAGAAGGUCGUCGCCACUAUCAAACCUUUUUUCAAAUAGUUUUCAAGUUUUUAUACGCAUUUUUCUAAUAAUGUGAUCAUCGCCUGAUUGCAAAAUGUUUGUUAUCCUUUUUAGAUCUAAGGUAUAUUUUUACGGGUUUGUAUUUUUCUUAAUUUAUAUAUCUUUUGUCGAAUGUAUAUGUCACAUAUAUCAACUUUUUGUUAAAAUUUUAAAUUACAUAUAAAUGGCAACUGUUUUUACA